AUGGGUCUGAAAACACAAAUUGGCAAUUUGGCGUGGCGUACUUGUCCUUUAGAAGGAUUUGACGUUGCCAAACAAGGCUUUUCCAUACUUGUCUACCAUGAUGACUCGCUUCAGUGGAUAUGGACAGCAGAUAAAACCUUCUCGGUGAAAUCGGUUUAUAGGCAGUGGGAAUCCCUUACACAGUCUCCAAACACUCUUCUGGGUUUGAUGUGGAGGAACUUGAGCCCUCCUAAAGUGGAAAUUUUUUCAUGGAUGGCCACUCAAGAUAGAGUUGCAACUCGGUCGGUACUUGUCGAUAGGAAUGUAAUUUCUGAGAUCCACUUGGCAGUGUGCCCAUUCUGUGCUCUUCAUGUGGAAACCCCUCAACAUCUUCUCCUACACUGUCGAUUUGCGUGGGUAGUAUGGUCAGGAAUUCUGGAAUGGUGGAACCUACAGUGGGCAUGCCCAUCUGCAGUAGCAGAGUUGGCGCUUUGGUGGUUUGGGAAUAGGUUUCGCAACUUGGAGAAAGCUACAUGGGAAGUUUGCUUUUAUGCAACUCUUUGGUCCAUCUGGUUAACAAGGAAUGAUUAUAUCUUCAACGGAGCAACAACCCAGGCUUCGGAAGUGGUGGAUUUAGUCAAAACUAGAGUAGCCAUGUGGAUGAAGGCUAAGUUUGACAUCAAAAUUUACACAGUGGAGGAUUUUAAAAGUUAUUUGGAUGGGAUACGAAAAGUGAAGGUGUAG